UUUGAUUCUCGAACGUGUAAGUAGUGUUAUUGCCGAGUCGGUUGUUUCUUUUUAGGAAUUUUCGUGUUAAAUAGAUUAGCUUACAAUGAGAACCAUCAACUCUAACCAGUCGGUGCUCGUACCGAAGGAUGUGUCGGUGAAGGUGAAGGCCCGCAUGGUGACGGUGAAGGGACCGCGCGGAACGCUCGUCAAGAACUUCCGCCAUCUGCCCAUCGACGUCUACCGAGUGCACCGCAAGAAGGUGACGGUGGAGAAGUGGUUCGGCUCCAAGAAGGAGCUGGCCGCCGUCCGCACCGUGUGCUCGCACAUCGAGAACAUGAUCAAGGGUGUCACCAAGGGAUUCCAGUACAAGAUGCGUGCUGUACAUGCUCACUUCCCGAUCAACUGCGUGAUCAGUGAGAACAACACGCUGGUGGAGAUCCGUAACUUCCUCGGCGAGAAGCACAUCCGUCGCGUGAAGAUGCAGCCGGGCGUGACCGUGGUGAACUCCGCCAAGCAGAAGGACGAGCUGGUGCUCGAGGGUAACGACAUCGAAGCGGUCUCCCUGUCCGCCGCCCUCAUCCAGCAGUCGACGACCGUCCACAACAAGGAUAUCCGUAAGUUCUUGGACGGUCUGUACGUUUCCGAGAAGACGACAGUGGUACAGGACGAGGAAUAAGUUGUAACAUUGUUGUAAGCGAAAGUAAACGGAAUGAAGCAGCAGCAGAAAACAAAGUGGGGGUGGCCCGUGAGAGAUGGAAACUAAA